AUGAUAGUCUUCAUUUUCUUAGCUAUGGUGCUAUGCUUGGAAAAUGAAUCCAAUUCUCAAACCACAGAUUGCAUGCAUUUAAGAGAGCAGUGCCUAAGUGAUACAGAUGGAUGUAAACAUGAAUGGAAAACAAUAGAAGAUGCCUGCAAUGUUUCAGAUCCAGGUAAUCCUUGCAAGAUGAAGGAUCCAUUGAUCUGUAAGCUGGGCAUCCAGUCUUUAGUGAAAAGCAAUUUUCUAUUUGAAGAAUGUCUCUGCACUGAUGGCCUUUAUUGUACUGCUAUCAAAUUGCUUGGGAAACAAUGCGUCAUUACAUCAGAUGAUAUGAAGGAGGAUAAAUUUCAGUGGAAUCUAACUACUCUUUCUCAUCAUGGUUUCAAAGAGAUCUGGUCCUGUUUGGAAGUGGCAGAGGCGUGUGUAGGGGAUGUGGUCUGUAAUGCACAGUUGGCCCUUUACCUUAAAGCUUGUUCAGCAAAUGGAAAUCUGUGUGAUGUGAAACGUUGCCAAGCAGCCAUAAGGUUCUUCUAUCAAAAUAUGCCUUUUAACAUUGCCCAGAUGUUGGCUUUUUGUGACUGUGCUCAAUCUGAUAUACCUUGUCAGCAAUCCAAAGAAGCUCUUCACAGCAAGCCAUGUGCAUUGAGCAUAGUUCCACCCCCAACUUGCCUCAAUGUAAUUCACAGCUGCAGAAAUGAUGAAUUAUGCAGGAGGCGUUAUAGGAUAUUUAAGUUAAAAUGUUGGCAGCAUGUGACUAGAAAGUGUCAUGAAGAUGAAACCUGCAUCAGUUCCUUAAGCAAGCAAGACCUCAUAUGCUCAGGAAAUAAUGAUUGCAAAGCAGCUUACAUGGGCACCUUAGGGACAGUCCUUCAAGUGCAGUGCACCUGUAGGUCUGUUACACAAAAUGAAGAAUCGUUGUGCAAGAUUUUCCAACAUAUGCUUCAUAGAAGAUCAUGUUUCAAUUAUCCAAUCCUACCUGACAUCAAAGGAAUUGCAUUGUAUCAAAAUAACCCUACUAAGGAAAUCACACUAACUGGAUUUCGUUCCCCUUUCACUGGGGAACUCUUCUAUGCUUUCCUGUGUAUAACAGUCACCUGUGGAAUCCUCCUUUUGGUUCUUCUCAAACUGAGAAUCUGCAAGAUAACUAGUCAAACAAGAAAUCCUUCAUCAAUCCAAAGAGGAGGCUUCAUGAUUCAUUAA